GCGCUGUGCGGCAGGAGGAAGCGCCGUUUCCGGUAACGAGCGACUGACUGCUGACACCGCCAAACCCCGACGACGAACCCGCGGCUUUCGGCAUCCACCGCGGGGAAAGUGUCCGCUCUUAUCCGAGCGGGACGUCAGACGGGUUCCGGCCAAGCGUUCGGCCGGAGAGAGGCGCGAAGCUGCAGCGAGGGCGCGGGGUUUGAGCCUCCCACCGCCGGCAUGGCCCGCGACUACGAUCACCUCUUCAAACUGCUGAUCAUCGGUGACAGCGGUGUUGGAAAGAGCAGUCUUCUCCUGCGCUUCGCAGACAACACUUUUUCAGGUAGUUACAUCACCACUAUAGGAGUCGACUUCAAGAUCCGGACGGUGGAGAUCAAUGGAGAGAAGGUGAAACUGCAGAUAUGGGAUACAGCCGGACAAGAGCGCUUCCGGACCAUCACGUCUACGUAUUACAGAGGAACCCACGGGGUCAUCGUAGUGUAUGACGUCACCAGCGCCGAGUCCUUCGUCAACGUCAAGCGAUGGCUGCACGAAAUAAACCAGAAUUGCGACGACGUCUGUCGAAUAUUAGUGGGCAAUAAAAACGAUGAUCCGAACUCUAAGGUUGUGGAGACAAAUGAUGCACAGAAGUUUGCUGAGCAGAUGGGCAUCAGUCUGUUUGAGACGAGCGCUAAAGAGAACGUCAACGUGGAGGAGAUGUUUAACUGCAUCACGGAGCUGGUGCUCCGGGCGAAGAAAGAGUCCGUGGCCAAGCAGCAGCAGCAGCAGCAGAACGAUGUGAUUAAACUCAGCAAGAACAGCAAACGAAAGAAGAAAUGCUGCUAGUGGACGAGCGGACGUUCCUCAGUUAAGAUUUCACAAAAAAAAAAACACAGUGCGGACUGAUGCAGUCCUUUCCGGACCGAGACAAACCACAAAGACUUUUUAAAAGAAAAUGUACAGAUUUUAUGAGAGUCGAGGAGUUUUACGUGGAAUUCGUGAUAUUUAAUAAAAGAUCCUCCUUCCUUGUAGAAGGACCAGCAAGCUGACGUGAUCGCCAAACCUGUAUGCUUUCACAAUAACUCUUCAGUGAUUAUAUAUAUCUCUAUUAUACACCAUCUCAGGAGUGAUUUUUAUUUUGAUUCUCUUUCUCGCUUUUUAUUUUUUGGCGCAAGAACGAUUUGGGCCCCCUCCCCUUUUUUAAUUUUUUUUUUUUUUUUUUUUAAGAAAUCAUACAAAUACAGACAUUUACUCGCCAUGUACUCCGUCGGAGACCAAUGCCAACAACUUUAGGUCACUUUUAGACGUUAUUGAUUAGUGAUCCAUGGUGUGUGUUCAUUCUCUGAACGGAUCUUUUCUUCUUCAGGCCUGUUUCAGUGAGUGAAUCUCAUAAAAAGGUUGCAUCUUAAAGUGUAUUUAUAUUUGGAAUUAAAAAAAUGAAGACUUUGCUUAGGAUCAAUGAUAUUUCAUGCCAAAUUCUUGAUUUUCAUUAUCAUAUAUAUAUAUAUAUAUAUAUAUAUAUAUAUAUUAUUAUUAUUAUUAUUAUUAUUAUUUAUUUUUUUUUUUUUUUUUUUUUUUUUUUGUGUGCUGCAUUGAAUUGAUGCUUAAAGAAAUCAUACAUUUUUAAAAUGAAUUAAAAUGACUGUUAUAGCAAUAAAAAUCCGAAAUUUAAACAUCUGGAUGCUUCAUGAAAAUGUGGUCAAUAUAAAAAAAAUGCAAUGGUCCUAACAUAGGCUUCAUUUUUCGUUCAAAUGAACGUUUUUUGCCUUUUUAGAUGAACAUGUUUUUGUGAGAUUCACCUCAAUAGUUCAGGCUUGGGUCGUUCGUGAUGUGGGCGGAGUUCCUUUGACGUUCAACGACGUCUUCUGCCGCUUCAGGCCCGCGUUCUUCUGCUCUCGUUUUUCCCGUGAAGAUGAAGGUGGAUGAAGCUGCCAUAAUCUCAGAACGGUGUUGCCACACGUUUGGUUGUAGUAUUCGUCCGGACGCUGGGGUCGCGUCUUUGGCUUCGUGGAAUGCGUUCGAUCGAAGCCGGUGAUGAAACCGAUUUCAUCUUCUGCAUCUCCUCGAAGAGCAACGUUGUUGUGCCACACGAGGUUGUAUGAAGUACAACGCAAGACGCUGAUACAACGUUUAAAAACCUAACAAUUACCGUGUUUAUACAGAGUCUAUCGCUAAUAUGAAAUGUAAUGUUUUUAUAUGUGACAUCCCUAAGUUUCUUGCUGUUGACACUUUGACUGAAUAGUCUUUAUGACAGAUGCACAUCCCUCAGAGUUAUCUUCUAGUGGCAUCUCUGUGGAGGUGAAUCUCACCAAAACAUGACUGUGUUCACCUUAAAAAAAAAAAGAUUUUUUUUCAUAAAGAAAAUGAAGCUGAUUAUUAGGAACACUAAUGCUGUCUUUUGCAUUAUAAUGUAAAAAAAAAUAUAUAUAUAUUUUUUUUUUUUUUGCAAAGAAUUUCAUUAAAUGCAUAAAUUCCCCAGUGAAAGCGAAGCCAGUUUUUAGGUGCAUUAUUUUCGUUAUAAAAAAAAAUAAAAAUUCUUUCUGAAAAUUAUAAAGACAAUUUGUUUUGGUUCAUGCAAUAAAUUUAGAUCUGGGUUUAAAUCAUCAUUACAACAAAAAAAGGCAUAUUCAUGUUUUUGUUUUGCAUGAAGAUGUAAAAUGUACAGUUUUUGCGUACAGCACCUUUUUUUAAUGUCUGUUUUGAAGUAAUUUUUAAAUAUAAAAACAUUGAAAAAGAUUAAGGAACCUAAAAUGAGCUUAAUUUUUUUUUUUUUUUACAUUUUUUUAACAUCUGAAAUGUCAUUUUGUUUUUGAGCAGUUUUGUGAGAUUCACCAACAGAAAUGCUUUCAUGAAUAUUCAUGAUUCAUUUAGUAAGCCAAACGCUUUCGACCCAGUCACGUGACUUCAGUUCAUCGCGAAGCGUGCCGGUCGAAGCGCUUUUUUCAGCUGUGGUUAUAUUAUACACUGGAGAAAAGAAAUGUAUAGUGGACCUCCCCUUUAUGAACUAAAUCAUUAAUAAAUAUUUUAAGAAUUAAUAUUUGACACAA